AGCACAACCAUUUUACACGGAUAACAACAAUGAACAACAGUAGCUCAACUGUAUAAAAUAAAAAAAAGCCAAUCCUCGACACCACCUUCUCUCUUUCUCUCUCUACCCAAAAAUACUCUCCCCUCUCUCUCUCUCUCUCUCUCUCUCUCUUUCUCUCUCUUGAUAGAGAAUAAGAGAUAUGGAGACAACACCUUCGCCGGAGGUUGACCUGGACAAUCUAAGAGCCAUCAAAGUACUGGGUAAAGGUGCAAUGGGCACGGUUUUUCUCGUCCAUGACCGUUCUGCCCCUGCGCGCUGCCCGUUUGCUCUCAAAGUCGUCGAUAAAUCCACCCUCGACACCAAGCUCGACGCUGACCGCCGUGCCCGCUGGGAACUCUCCGUUCUGUCGCGUUUGUCCGACCCGACACACCCGUUUCUUCCGACACUGAUCGGAUCCUUCGAGACCCAUGAUUUCCUGUGCUGGGCCGUCCCCUACUGCCCUGGCGGUGACCUCAACGUCCUCCGGUACCGUCAGACCGACCGCGUCUUCUCUCCGACGGUCAUCCGAUUCUACCUGGCCGAGAUCGUCUGCGCUCUCGAACACCUCCAUACCAUGGGCAUCGUCUACCGUGACCUCAAACCCGAGAACAUACUCAUCCAGCAGUCGGGUCACGUCACCCUCACCGACUUCGACCUCUCACGAACGCUCAUUCACAGACCCGUUAACACAUUCUCCGACCCUGAACCGGAAAACCCAGUUGUUCGCCGGAGACACCGCAGGAAUUUCACCCGGUUCUUCCCGAUUGCCAUUCCGGAUAAGAAGGGGCUGAAGAAGGCGAAGAGCGCGCGCGUCUCGCCUGUGAAUCGCCGGAAACCGAGUUUCGCGAGUGGGGAACGAUCCAACUCGUUCGUCGGCACGGAGGAGUACGUUGCUCCGGAGGUGGUGCGUGGAGAGGGUCACGAGUUCGCCGUCGAUUGGUGGGCCCUCGGGGUACUCACGUACGAGAUGCUGUACGGUACGACGCCGUUUAAGGGGAAGAAUCGGAAGGAAACGUUUCGGAAUAUUCUGAUCAAGAAUCCCGAAUUCAUCGGCAAACGGACGGACCUGAUUGACUUGAUUGGACGGCUGUUAGAGAAGGACCCCACGAGAAGAUUGGGGUAUAACAGAGGCGCGUGUGAAAUCAAAGAGCACAAGUUCUUUCGCGGGGUAAAGUGGGACCUGUUGACGGAGGUGUUACGGCCGCCGUUUCUGCCGGCGAGAGACGAGGCCGAGUUAACGGACGGUGGGUUCGAUAUAAGGGAUUAUUUCACCAAAUUAAAGUCUCCGCCGUCAGUUCCGGCUUCUCCGCUUAACGUUUCACUAACGGAGUUCUGAAACUGUAUUCUAGGUUUGUGUACAUAAAAUAACCGUAGAACGUGAAAACGGCGUUAGUUAAAAAUAGUAAUUGUUAGUUAUAUAUAAAUAUAUAUAUAUAUAGAAUUAUGUAUUUUACUUAGAUGUUUAUACUCUUAUGUGGAAUUUUAGAUACGCGCUGUUGUUGGCGCGUACGGUACAACGCCUCAGUAGGGGAAUAAAAUUGCUUGGAAUUGGGGUAAA